AUGAUCAGCUUUUCGAAUAUGUCGCCAGAGGUGACCGAGGCGAUGUGCACGCCGAUGCACCUCAUCCUCCCACCCAACCAGACUCCCUCUGCGCCCGGUGCCCUCUACCUCGGCUCGCUAAGCGCCGUCAUGGACUCUGCCAAUCUGCGUCAGCAUCACAUCGCAGUCCUCGUUCAGGUUUUGGACGUCCCAUGGCUGCCGCCGCUCGAGCAGGAGGGCUACGAGUGCUACCGGAUGGAUGUCCUCGACAUUGAGUCGCAUGAUCUCAAGCCCCAUCUCGAAGGCGCCGUCGAGCGUAUUGAUGCCGCCCUCAAACGCGGCAAGAAUGUACUUGUCCAUUGCCAGCAGGGCAUCUCCCGCUCGGCGUCUAUCGUGAUCGCGUACCUCAUGAGGAAACGAGGCAUGACCUUCGACGCCGCCCUCGCCUACGUACGCUCCCGACGAGCGUGCAUAAAACCCAAUUCCGGCUUCGUGCGCUGUCUCCAGGAAUGGGAGCGCUCAAUGCAUGCCGGCGGCAAUCCUCGCCUGUCUGUCGCGCCGACGGGACCGUCACCUGCCAUGGCCCGUUCGCCGACGGCCAUGCACACCGGCGGCACCUUCACAUUACGACCCCCACGCCUUGCACGCGCCGCCACCACGGCAGGUUGA